AUGAAUCAGACUUCUGGCUUUGAUAUUGUGUUUUCAUCAUACGAGUCUCUGAGACCACAGAAACAUGUCUUUGCAGUUUUCAUUUUCUUUCUUUAUGCUGCUGCAACUUUAGCAAACAUUUUUAUAUUAUUUGUUAUCUAUGUAGAAUCAAGUCUCCAUAAGCCAAUGUAUAUAUUUUUGUUUAACUUGAUAUGCUGUGGAUUGAUGGGAAGCAGUGCAGUUUGGCCCAAAGUUCUUUCCAAUCUCCUCACAGAUUGGUACGUUAGUUCAUAUGAGGGAUGUCUCGUCCAGGUCUAUCUGAUAAGUAUUUACGCCGCAUGCACUUACACUACUUUAACUCUCAUGGCUUAUGAUCGAUACGUAUCUAUUUGUAAACCAUUACAGUACCACGUUAUUAUGAAACCAAGUAAAAUUAGGUUGUGGUUAAUAUUAGGUAACUUAGUUCCUGCUUUAUCAAUAGCUGGACAGAUUUAUUUGACAUCAAGAAUCCCUUUAUGCAGCCGUACUCUUAAUAAACUAUUUUGUGAUAAUCUUUCAAUAAUUAACAUAUCAUGCGUCACAGGUCGCAUUGGUGUCCUCAGCAAUGUUUAUGGUUUACUUAUAAUUCUUUGUUUAUCUCUGUUCCCUACUUGUGUGAUAUUGCUGUCUUAUGUUAAAAUACUUUCUGUUAGCUUGAGAGUGUCAAAAGGAGGUCAAAGAAAGGCACUUGGAACAUGUAUUCCCCAUUUGAUUGUCUUUAUAAACUAUUCUAUUGCUACAGUGUUUUCAGUUAUAUAUAACAGAUUUAACUUGCCUAGGCCUAGUGAAAUGAAUGUCUUUAUAUCAGUUCAAAUCACACUGUUUCCCCCACUUUUGCAUCCAGUAAUAUAUGGUGUUAGAACCAAAGAGAUCAGAAAAUGCUCAGUAAAAAUUACCAGGAGCCUGUGCACCAGGGUGGGAUAUGGAAGCAUUAAGGAACAGCAGCAACUUGGUCACAAAUGGAAGACCAUGCUACCAUUGGGUACUCUGAGUGUGUUAGAGGUACUAGGCCCCACUGUGAAAGGAAGCGUGGGUGAGCCACGUGACUACCGGAAGUACAACCAGGUUGUACUAGGCCCCACUGUGAAAGGAAGCGUGGGUGACCACAGGAAGUACAACCAGGUUGUUGUCAUUGUGCAUUCUGAGUGUGUUAAAGGUACCUGGCCCCACUGGGAAGAGGGAAGUGUGGGAGAGCCGGGAAACAAUCGGAAGUGCGAACAGGAAGACGACGUAGGAGCUGUUGCUGUAGGUCACCUGGCCCUGCGGAUAGAAGAAGUGUGGAGCAACGCCCCAGCUGGAAACCGAACAGCGAAGAAAGAGAGAAGCACUUACCUGUGUCCUAGUGCACCGCCUCGAGCGGACGGGAUAGUCCAGCCCCCAUUACCUGGGGGGAAGAAACAACCGGUGGAGAAAGAGUGUAAUACUUACCUUUACCCUCAUACAUCGUCCCGAGGAGAGCGAGGGGCCCCAACUGGAAUAACCUAA